GUUCCCGGACGAGCUGCAGACCUAUCCACAGUCUAUAUCCACCAACUCGUGGCAUUUGAUGGCGUGCUCUCGCAGAAUCGUUGGGUUCUCUGGCACGCGCGAUCUUGGAUUGCUGAUUUCACUUUUGAAGUAUUUAUAUUUCACUUUUGAACUAUGCCACAGCCAUGGGUCACCUGGAAGGACAUGAAGGGGCCAACAGACGCAUGCUAGCCAUCAAUCACCGCGUCAAGGACGAGGACGUGUUCUCAGUGGGUGCACACGAGGACUCUCAACGCGACACCGCGGCAUCAUCUACCACUCGCCUGAGGGGUGGCGCACGCUGUCCACAGUCCCACACACUUAGGCCCAGGACAUCGCCACCUCCACCAUCCCCGUGCACCAGUGCCUGGUGCUGUAUGACCAGGAACACAUACGCGGGUAGAUAUGCGCUGCGGCAUGAUGCGGUUGCUCUGGUCACUAUAGGCCCAGGUCUGACCCGGGAUGCGUAUAUGCAGGCUAUCGGCCGCUUACGACAGUUGGACGGCGCGCAGCGGUUUGGUCUCGUGGUGCCUGAGGUGAUUUCAGAGAAAAUCAACGAAACCUCUACGGGUACGAAGGACUGGUCCUGUGCACAGCGCCUAGUGGCGUGGUUGUUGCUGAAUACGGAUUACGCGGUACAGAGCAACGUGGUGAAUUGGGUGGAGCAGGCUGUGUACUUCCGCAUCACAGACGCUGAACGGCGGCGAGAUGAACUGGACAAUGGUGAUACGAUUGAGACUGAUGAUGCGAAUAGUUUGGAAAAAACAUCACAGACCUUACCCGCAGAAGAAAAGAUUGAGACCUCGGUAUGGUAUAUAGAUGACCAGGACCAGCCAGACGCCCUCUAUGGCAAGCACUGCCGCCCAGAAACACCUGCAACACGUGCACUCGCACUGCUAACAAAACAUGCGGAGCACUUUAUUGAUGACACACCAGGUUCCGAACUGCAUGCCGGUAUGGAGACCAUUGCAAAGUCUCUGCAGCCACACAGCGACCCAGGAGCAGCCAACACCGACCAUGGCUUCAAUAAGCUUGUGCAAAGGGAGAUGCAGCAACAGUAG